CGGAGCGCCUCUCCCGGGGUCAUGGCUGCCCACGUGCCCCUGCCCCCCGGACUGCCUCAACUCCUCAAGGAGGGCAUGAAGCACUUCCCCAGCCAAGCGGACUCGCUGGUCAGCAACAUUGCAGCUUGCAAGGCCUUGGUGCAGUGCCUGGCCUCAUCCUACGGGCCCCUGGGCCGGAGCAAGCUGGUGAUUGACCACCUAGGCAAGACCGUCUGCACAGCCCGGGCAGGCACGGUGCUGGGGGCGCUGGUGCUGGAGAACCCCGCAGCCUGCUUGCUGGCUGCUGCUUGCCGGGCACAGGAGGAGGAGCUGGGGGACGGCACGGGCGCUGUGGCCCUGCUGGCGGGGGCCCUGCUGGCCCGUGGCGAGACCCUCCUGCGGGCAGGCGUGCCUGUUGCGGCCAUCCGCGCCGGCUACGAGGGAGCGGGCAAGGAAGCCCUGCGCCUGCUGCCCAGCCUGGUGUGCCACGCCCUGCCGGACCCCCGUGACGUGCCCGCCGUGGCCCGUGCCCUGCGGGUGGCCGUGGGCACCCACGCAAUGGGCUACCAGGACUUCCUUGCCACGCUGGUGGCCCAAUGCUGUGCCUCGGUCCUGCCAGCAGCGGGCACCUUCGACCUGAAUGCCGUGAGCAUCUGCAAGGUGCUCGGGGGUGGCGUGGGCGAUUCCCACGUGGUGCCCGGUGUGGUCCUCGCGGCUGAAGCCGAGGGCCGCGUGCAGCGUGUGGAAGGUGCCCGAGUGGCCGUGUAUGGCUGCCCCUUUGGUCUGGCCGCCCCGGCGGCCACAAACACGGUGCUGUUCCAGGCAGCGGGGGACCUGCAGGCGUACGGGCCAGGCGAGGAGGCGCUGGCUGAGGGGCGGGUGCGGGCCGUGGCUUCGGCAGGGGCUCAGGUGGUGGUGGCCGGAGGGCACGUUGAUGCCCUGCUGCUGCACUUUGCUGACCACAUGGGCAUCAUGGUGGUGACCCUGGGCUCCCGCCAGGCGCUGAGACAGCUGUGCUGUGCCCUGGGCGCCCGACUGCUGGGCACCCCACGCCCGCCACUGCCUGCUGAGCUGGGGCACUGCCGCUCCAUCACUGUGGGUGAGAUCGGGGGCACCAACACUGUUGCGUUCCACCCUAGCACGGCCACGAGCCCCGUGGCCACCAUCAUCCUCCGUGGGGCCACCAAGGAGGCUGUAGCGGCUGCCGAGGAGGCUGUGAGGGACGGGCUGAGGGUCUUCCAGGCUCUGACAGAAGACCCCCGCUUGGUGCCGGGCGCAGGGGCCACUGAAAUGGUGCUAGCAAUGCAGCUGGCUGCCCUGGCCCCCCGUGACCCCGGCUUGGAGCAGUUCAGCCUAGCAGCCUUUGCUGAGGCCCUCAAAGUGCUGCCAGCCACGCUGGCCGAGAACGCGGGGCUGCCCGUGGCCGCGGCCAUGUCCCAGCUGGAGACGUGGCAUGGGCAGGGGGUGGCCAGGGCCGGCCUGCGGUUGGAGGGUGGGGACGAGGGGGAGGAGGCCUGGGUGCAGGAUGCGACUCAGGCUGGGGUGCUGGAUGCCUACGUGGUAAAGCACCGGGCACUGGAGCUGGGCACCCAGGCGGCCGUCACCCUGCUGGGUGUGGACGAGAUCUUCAUGGCCAAGAAGAGUGGGGGGCCUCGUGUCCUUGGGGACAACCCCAACUGGGACGUGGAGCCCGACGCUCUCAAGUGA